AUGUCGCACCAGCAGUCUACCCCCUCCAGCUCAAGAACACAGACCAUAACAGGGCCAGAUGACCACAUAGUGCUAAGAUUGAGGCCUGAGUCCAGUGGCACGCAACAAGAUAAGAAGAAAAAGCAGAAAAAAAAGAAGCCAAGAGUGCGUUGGACCGAAGAUGUCAUAGACAAUGAGGAUAUGGGUAAGAAGAAGAGUAAAAUAUGCUGCAUUUUCCAUCCUCAGAGAGAGUUUGGCGAGGAAAGCGACCUGGACUCCUCGUCUUCAUCGUCUGGUUCAAGUGAUAGCUCUAGUAGCGAGGACGAGUCACAUGACCACUCACAUUGCAAUCAUGGAGAUCGUAGGCCCAAGAGAGGCAAGGCAAGGGCCAGGGACAGCAGUCCCAAUGCUUAUGAGCGCCAGCCGGAUUACAGGAAGAAGGACAAGAAGGAGAUCGACGAGCACGAGGAAGGAAAAGGUGAAGGAAAUGGAAAUGGAAAUCAGGUGGUGGGGAUAUGA